UGAUUGAGCCGUUCGAUCAGAUCCUGUGAUCAUGGCGAGAUGCAUGAUGCUGCCCGGUCUGGCUGGAGCUUCAAGCUUCAGGAGCUCGAAGCUUCAAGAUGCACUGGAGGAUCCUCGGUUUUUGACGUCCAGGAUUGCAACUCGCUCAUUGGUGCGUUGGGGCGCAGCUCAGGUUGGAGUCGAGCCCUGCAGUCGUUUAGAAUUUGGAGAAGCAGAUCCAAGGUUAGUAGUUACAAUAGCCUGGUGGCGGCGCAGAGUGGAAAUCAGUGGAGAGAGGCCUUACAGACUUUGGAAGAAGCACGGGAGAGACAAGUCCAGAUUGAUUUAUUUACCUGGACUCCAGUAAUCAAACAUUGCCAAGCUGGUCGCUGGAAAGCUGCCCUAGGUUUCCUGACAGAAGUUCGAUCUUCCGACCUGCGCUUGGACACCAUCAUCUAUGGCGCCACCUUAGAUGCGACCGCUGGUGCGUGGCUCCAGAGCUUGGAACUGUAUCACGAGAUGGGAAUCAGGAGCUGCAAGAGGGACUUCUGGUGCUACCAGCCUUUGUGCCAUGCCUGGCCACAUGCCUUGGGACUCCAGGUAGAUGAAGCUGUCCGGGUUGCUGCCAUGGCAGUUGCCAGAGGUCAUGCAUGGAGACUGGCGCUGUUCUUGCAUCGCCCUACUGGCCCCAUGGCAGUGAACGCGGUCAUGGGGGCGUGUCAGAAAGCUGGAGUUUGGGAGUGGGUUUUGCAGAUCCGCGAGGGUGCCAUCAGGUCUUCCCUGCGCUUGAGCAGCAUCAGCUACUGCUUGGCAAUCUCUGCCACGCAAGGUGUGCAAAGCUUGUGGGUGUCCUCCUUAGCCUUGCACAGUGAGAUGGUAGAGGUGGGACUUGGAAGAAACCACUUCACAGACAGCGCAGUUCUUCCCAGUCUUCCAUGGCACCUCUCCUUGAAGCUACUUGAAGAUAUGCCAUGCAUCGGUGUUCAACGAAACGUGGUGACUCACAGCGCCAGCUUCAAUGGAUUGCCCUGGGCUUUGGCCUUGCAACAGCUACACGCUUUCCCCGCAACACUCAACACCAUUCUCCUCACUGCUGGCGCCAAAGCUGUGAACCAGUGGCAGAGGAGCAGCCUUUGGCUGCUGGAGGCGUACUCCGUUGGUUUGCGCUUGGACAGUGAGGCGCAAACCGCACUGCAUGGCUGGCGGGGUGUGUUCGAGCUGCUUCCCAGGGAUGCUUUGGUGCCGACAACCCGGGGUUAUGCCCUAGUAAUGGGCGAAUGUGAAGAUCGGGGACAGUGGGAGGAGGCCUGGAAACUGCUCAGCCAGAUGGGGCCAGAGCAAGAUGUGAUUUGUUAUAACUCAUUGCUAGCUGCUUGUACUCAAGCGGAAUGCAUCGGAAAAGAAGAGUACUGUAUCAAAUUCGUCGUUCCAGGGUGGGUGGGUGCUUGGUUUGUGGCCUUCAUGGACCUUGGGGAUUCAGAUCCUUGAAUGAAAUUGAAAUAGUAGCUUUCAAAAUCACUUGGGAAGCUUCUCCCAUAAUAUGGCAAGCAGUCAAGCAGAGGCCUACUCAGACUGUAGAAAACAGGAAAGAACCUGCAGGCACGGCUGACGGAUGCUGAUGAGUUUGAACGAUUUAAGACACGGUGGAAACGGUUCGUAGGAAGUCAUGCCGGAAAGCAAGACUUUAGUGAGCUGAGGGGCCCUAUGUAUACUUGAAAAUUGGGUUUCAGAACCACCGGGGCGCUGUAUGUCACCACGAUCGGGUCGCUGGGAUUGUCGAGACUGAAACCCAGUGGUGCAGGAGGUCUUCCUCCAAGCAGUGCUGGCCCGUGUGGAUCACCUCCUGGACAGGGUGACGCCCAGCCAGACGCUCUUCGUGGCCAUUGAUGGCCCAGCCUGUGCUGCUAAAGUCCCCGAGCAGCGCCGCCGCCGGCGCGCACGGCCGCCGCGUGCACGGGAGCUAGGCGUGACCUUGAACAUGCUCACACCGGGCGUUCCGGUGAUGGAUCACUUGGCUGCGGUGCUGCGAGAACAUUUGAAGAGACUCCAGGCCGAGGGGCAGCUGCCAGGCAAUCUUCAAGUCAUGGUGAGCGGUCCCGAUGAUGCGGGCGAGGGAGAGCAUAAAAUCAUGCUCCAGCUGGUGAUGAACGAAUCCUUGAAAAGUGGCGAAGACGAAAAACACGUCAUCGUUGGCACGGAUUCCGAUUUGCUCCUAGUGCCCUUGGCGCUGCUGCAUGGUCCUCGAGCUGUUUGGGUUGCUCGCUGCGAAGAAGCUGUCACUACCGCGUCGGGGCAGCUGACCACGCUGCGUGUUUGUCAGACGGAGCAGGUCGUUCAAUCUCUCUUGAGGCAGUUCAUCAACUUGGCCACCCCAACGGGCAGCCUGACACCAAAGGACGAACUUCACUUGCGCUUGGAUUUUCUGCUGGUCACCUGCCUCCGUGGCAACGACUACCUCCCGCAGUUGGCGAGUGACCAUGACUCCUCCGAGUUGUGGCCGCGCUAUCUCCGUUGGAGGCAGAGGUCGCAGCUUGGCCUAGUCGACUUGGAGCGAGCUGACGCAGAUGAACAGAUUUGCCCAGUACUGAUGGGGGUGCCCUUUGCAGACUUCUUGUCGCAGCAAGGAGGCGCCUGGAGCCCUCAGAAGGUCACGGGCUUGAGCGCCAAGGAAGGUGCUCAACAAUACCUCGAGGCGCUGUUGUGGUGCUUGGACACCUAUGUCACAGGCCGGUGCCCCGACCUCCACCGCUGCUGGAGCAGCUCGCAGCUGGGGCAUUUUGCCUUCGCAGCGUUGAUCGCGCAGCAGAUCCCCCUGCUGGAGCCGAGCUGUUUCAAGGCAGCGCGGAGGGACACUCCGCCACUCUCUCCUUUGGCAUGUGCGCUGGCGGUGCUUCCGGUCACAGAUGUGCGUCGUUGGCUGCUACCCCUCGAGCCCUGCUUGGCGCCGCUGCUGGAAACCUCGGGCCUUCUUGGCGAGGUGGCACGUUUGGAAGCUUGCGGCGACUGCUCACGCUUGAGCUUGCUGGUGGCCAAUGGCCCUUCGAACGGGAAGAAAGCGGAGAAGAAUCGGAGAGCGCUGGAGGUGCAUCGAAGGGAGCAUCGCGACAUCGAUGCUGUUUCAUUGGAAGAUCUGAACGAAGAAGUGCAGCGCUUGCGAAGAAGUGCCGCGAUAAACAUAGACUUGGAUUUCAUCACCAGAGGCCACCGGUGCAGCCGAUGGAAGUUGAGGCGAAGCCCAAGAGGGUCAAGCGACGGCGGCGGUGAGCCUCGGAUCCCCCUUGGAGGCAGUCUUCGCAAUUGCUGCGCCGACAAGUGGAGCAGCGAAAAAGCGGCGGUUCAUGCAGCAAUCCAGGAGCAUGAAAAGUUUGACCUAUAUUACUCAAAGCUGACUGUGAUGUGCCAGACUAUAUAGUUGCGCACACUUUGUCAGAUUCAUUU